GUACAGUAGGUGGCGGUAUGUGCUUACGACACCAAUCUGCUAUUAGACCCGAAGAAGAGGAAGACGAGCCUUCUGCACAAGUCACAAUUAGAGAUGCAGAACUUUUAAAUCGUGAGAUUAACCAGUCAUUAUCAAGCCUCUUCAAACUUUUUCCCUCUGUUAUCAUGAAGCAGAAGAAGACGGUUCGCAACCAGGCCAGAAAAGACUCUCCAGGUGGAAAUGCAGCCAUUAAGAGUGAAAAAAAGACAGAGGGAAACUCUUUCUUUAGCUGGCUGUUGGUGCUGGCUUUGCUGGGGGCUUGGCUGUCUGUGGGUGUCAUGUGGUUUGACCUAGUUGACUACAACAGUGUGGUUGGUGCUCUUGGAGGAGUAUAUGAUGCUGAUGGCGAUGGAGACUUUGAUGUAGAAGAUGCCAAAGUUUUGUUGGGUCUGACUGAGAAGCCUGUUAUGGUGGCAUCACCCGAGAACCCCUUAGGAGAAAAAGAGUUACAUGAAGAAUCUCUACCUGGUGAAAACAAAGAAUCCAUAUCACACUCUCCACAUGGGUCUACAUACGAUGCUGAACCUUCAUUAGAGUUCACAACAGAGGAAUCAAGACCUGCAAACCAAAUUUCACCAGAGUUGCCACCUGCAACUCAACCUGUGCCUACAUCAGUCUCCACACCUGAAUCAAUUACUGAGACAACAGAAUUUACAGAAGAACCCUCAGUAGAGUCCAAAGAAGAAAAAGAAGCCAAAAAGAAGAAACCAAAACUUCUUAAUAAAUUUGACAAAACAAUCAAAUCUGAGAUCAACGCUGCAGAGAAAUUACGCAAGAAGGGGAAAAUUGAGGAAUCUCUCCAUGCUUUUGAAGCUCUUGUCCAGAAGUUCCCACAAAGUCCAAGAUGCCGAUAUGGUAAAGCCCAGGCAGAAGAUGAUUUGGCAGAGAAAAUGCGCAGUAAUGAGAUGCUGCUGAAGGCAGUGAACUCGUACAGAGAAGUAGCCGAUCUCCCAGACGUACCACCUGACCUCAUCAAAGCCACAUUAAAGAGACGUGCAGACAGACAACAGUUCUUAGGUCGUACAAGGGGAUCUUUGGCUACUUUGGAGAAGCUAGUUCAGAUAUUCCCAGAAGACGUCAGCUUAAAGAAUGACUUGGGAGUGGCACAUCUGCUUCUGGGUGACAACAAGAGUGCAAAACGAAUAUAUGAGGAGGUUUUAGCUCGUGCCCCACAUGAUGGAUUUGCUAAAGUGCAUUAUGGGUUCAUACUUAAAUCCGAAAACAAGAUUGCAGAGAGCAUACCGUACCUCAGGGAGGGUUUGGAGACUGGAGAGCCAGGAACUGAUGACGGAAGAUUUUACUUUCAUCUCGGGGAUGCUUUACAGAGAACAGGAGACAAGAGUGCCUAUGACUGGUAUGAGGCUGGACAUCGGCGAGGUCACUUUGCCUCUGUAUGGCAGAGAUCUCUGUAUAAUGUCCCAGGGCUUCGUGCUCAACCUUGGUGGACGGCUGAAGAGACUGGAUAUACAGUUUUAGUCAAGAUGUUGGAACGUAACUGGUUGACCAUUAGAGAUGAAGCACUGUCAGUGUUAGAUGGCACCAGUGGACAGUUCUUGCCUGAAGAUGAAAAUCUGAGAGAGACAGGAGACUGGGGCCAGUUUACACUGUGGCAGCAGGGUCGAAAGGUUGCUGCUUCAUGUCGCCAUGUCCCUAAAACCUGUGCUUUGCUGGAACGUUACCCAGAGGCCACUAGCUGCAAAAGAGGCCAGAUCAAGUUUUCAGUAAUGCAAACUGGUACUCAUGUAUGGCCUCACACUGGUCCCACCAACUGUCGUCUACGAAUGCAUCUAGGCCUUGUCAUUCCUUCUAAGGGAUGCAGGAUUCGUUGUACAAACCAAACCAGGGAGUGGGAAGAAGGAAAAGUGUUAAUAUUUGAUGACUCGUUCGAGCAUGAAGUCUGGCAGGAAGCAGAAAGCUACAGACUCAUCUUUAUUGUGGAUGUCUGGCAUCCAGAACUCACCCAAUUACAGAGGCAGACUCUGUCACCAAUAUAGACGAUUUGUUCAAAAACGGAGUUUUGAAAAGUAGGUCAACCGCCAAUCGGCGUGACCGAUUUACUGUCCUUAGCCAAUCACAGAUUUCAUAAAUCACAAAUAUCUAUUGUGCUGUCCUGUGGGUACUGAUUACAAGGCAAUGUGAAUGUAUAAGUCUUAUAAAAAACAAUCAUGCUGAUAGUUGUAAAUAUUAUAAGUGUGAUUUUUGAAAAACAUAAAGGAUGGAUUUAGAAGUUCAAGGGUUUUAAAAAGACAGUUCACCUAAUAUUCAAUAUCUUAAUUCUGGUAAAGCAAAUACGAUUUGUAAUCAUGUUUCAGAAGCAUGUUUUAGGGCUCAACAGUAAACAGUAAAAUGAAAGAUACAAUAAGGAUUAAAACAUACAUUUUGAGAUUUAUAUCUUCGGUUAGACUGAAAGGUUACCUUUAGUAAAAUAACAGUACAAUGAGAUGCAUGUUACGGGACCAAUGAAGAGAUUAGAAUAUUAGAGAAUGAGUUGCAUUUGCUCUUUCUUUCUGGAAAAAAAGGAGACCUCAGUCACUUUUUAUAGAAAUAUGAUUGAACAUUGCACUGUAUGUUGUGGGUUACUUUAUAUAAUGUGUGUCCAGGUGAAUACAUAAAUGAGCAGAUGUGUUAGCUAU